UGCAGGAUACGCGUACAUGAAUGGGGAUGUUGGCAAAGUGCCUUCAGGGGUGGUGUUCAGUACCACCCCUGAGUCAAGCUCUGCCAUGGGUACCCAUCCAGACUAUGUAGCCGUUAAUGGGGUAGCAGAGGGAGCUGAGGGGCCUAGUCCUCUAACUCCCUCAGCUCCCCAAGAAAAUGCCUCUCAGUCAGCUUACCCCUUGCCACAGCUUAAGCAAAUGCUUGCACAGCAAUUGGAAUAUUACUUUUCUAGAGAAAAUUUAGCAAAUGAUACGUACUUAUUGUCACAAAUGGACAACGAUCAGUACGUGCCUAUAUGGACGGUAGCAAAUUUCAAUCAGGUUAAGAAAUUAACCAAAGAUAUCAAAUUGAUCACCGAAGUAUUACGCGAAUCGCCGAAUGUUCAAGUAGAUGAAGAAGGUUUGAAAGUUCGUCCUAAUCACAAAAGAUGUAUAGUUAUUUUACGCGAGAUUCCAGACAAUACACCCAUCGAAGAAGUUAAGAAUUUGUUCGCGGGUGAAAAUUGUCCUCGAUUUAUUUCCUGUGAGUUUGCUCAUAAUACUUCUUGGUAUGUGACGUUUGAAUCUGACGAGGAUGCCCAAAGGGCAUACCGAUAUUUAAGAGAAGAAGUGAGAGAAUUUCAGGGAAGACCUAUUAUGGCGAGAAUAAAGGCUAAACCCAUGAACCGAUUGCCGAUUCCACCAGUGACAGGAGUGAAAAAUGGUUUCAGGGCUACACCACCUCCAACCGCUGUAUAUGAUCCGGCGGCGUUUCCACCGGGUCAACAGAGGUUUAUCUACACAAAUGGUACUCCUGGACAACCGUUACCUGCCUAUAAUCAAGUAGUAUAUCCUCCUUACCAACCGCAACAAUUUUACGCUUCGGUCGCCUGGCCUCCGUCCGGUCCGGGUUUGUACGACAUUAGCUCUGUGUUCUCUGUGAACGGGCUGGCUCCGCAGAACUUUAAACAUCCAACGACUUAUCGUACGAAUCAAAACAGACCUCGUAAGCAAUCGAGGAGUGCUGGUCAAAGUGACCAAUCUUCACAGGGUUCUCAGGGUGGUGGUAGUAAUGGACAAGGCAGCUCUAGGCAAGCCAUUUCUUACCAAGCGCGUUCUCACUCACCUUUAAAUAGCAGUAGUAAAGGAAACCCUUCCAAAGGAUCAACUUCGGAAGGUGCAAUUCCAAAAAAUAGCCAUAUUCACAAUGUAGCUAAUGAUAAUAAUGAGGCUCACAUAGCUAAUCAUACCACUCCUAUUGGCCUACCGGUAAUGCACGCAGACCCAGUGGACAUGUAUAAAGUAGCAAAAGAAGUAAUUCCACCUAGGCAUCGUAGGAAAAAGCGUGACGAGGAUGGAGCUUUGAAUGGGCAGUCAGUUCAGACACAAACUAGGGAACCAGUCAAUUCCAGAGGAACUGAAUUUGAUUUGAUCGAAGAAGCAUUUCCUCCUCUGCCAGGUUUAGAUAUGGGUUCCCAGCCAAAUUACAAACAUCAAGUAACAAAUUCCAUCCUAGAAGUAACUCUUUCAUCCCAGUCGUUGAUAGAGACUCAGCCAGUACCACAACAAGGACAUUGGGGAGAGAACAGACUUGCUGAUGUUGUGAAAGGUACAGCAAAAUUUAAAGGCAGCAGUGUUGGAGGAAGCAGUAAGGAAUCGAGCAGUGGUGGUGGCGACGAUUCCCCUAGAGCUGUGUCUCCGCAACAUUUUCCUUUGUGCAAUCAAACUACUAGACAAAAUUCAGUAUCGACUUCUACGGGUCCACUUGACUGUAAAGAUGUCUCAUCCGAAAGUGGGGACAUUCAGCUUAGUACAGUUACGCUUACACCUCCAAGUUCGCCCGAAAAAUUAGUUCCUGCUCUACCAAUCAAAUGUACCAUGGCUGACAAAUCAACAAAAACUGACGAUGUUCUUCUUAAUGGUGAUUUGGAUGUGCCAUGUCCCACUACCACAAACGCUGCCACCAUGACCACAGUUGUGCCAACAGAAGCCCCGUCGCGGUCAGGGGUGGCUGUAACUACUACUAAUAGUACUAAGAAUCAUAUACCGGUACAUAGGCAGGAUUCCAAAUCAGAAACUUCGAGACAUGUUUCUAUUUCUCCUCCUCCUAUGAUCGACUAUUCAGGUAACCCCCCUCGAAAAAGUUAUGCUCAAGUUGCACAACAUCACAAGGAUGCUCACGUCCAGAAAGAGCAACAAGUCAAGGAUAAACAAAUCGAGGCUUCAUCGACGUCAGUACCUUCAACAAAAACAACUCAAUCAAUAACGAAUUAUACAACUAGUAGUAGUAACAAUCGUGGCCAAAUUGAACGUGAUAAUAAAGAUAGAGACAAUGGUCCACAACGAAUUGAAUCGGGUGGCAACGGAAAUCAGCAGCGGUACAAUGGUAUGAAUCGUGGCGGAGCCAGAUCGGGCCAUGAGAGGUCUCAGCGGAGACGAACUGAAAUGAGAACAUCCCAACUGCGUGACUUUGUGACUCCCCGAUCUCCGAAGUAG